AUGUACUUUGAGUACAGGAAUCCAAAAGCGCCAAUCCAAAUGAUUAUCAAUUCUGGGGGAAGAUUAAUAACUUCAGGACUUGCUGUUUAUGAUCAAAUGAAGGCGCUGAAAUGUCUUGUACACACUUGUUGUGUCGGGAAUGCAGCAUCCAUGGCUGCAGUGUUAUUGGCAGGAGGGGAGAAAGAAUUUCGAUAUGCUUCCGCGAACAGCUCCGUGAUGAUCCACUCUGCCAUAGGUGGAUAUCAGGGAAGCUCAAAAGACGUACAAAUUACAUUUAAUCAACUAAUGGCAGAGGAGGACAAAAUUGUUCUCGCUUUGGCAAGAGACACCGGAAGUUCAAUCGAUGUUAUCAUGAAAUGUAUUGAGAGGGAUAACUUCAUGUCCCCUCAACAGGCCAAGCAUUUAGGAUUGAUCGAUAUCAUAGGUACCCUUCCUCCCAUUCCCUCGCCAAAAUAUGAACAUCCCAAGGCCGACAAUGAUAUGAAUUAG